AUGCAUGCAUGCAGCAGCAGCAGCAGCAGCGGCAAAGCCCCAAAGCAGCAGCAGCAGCAAAUUCAUCCGGCACUAAAGGGAGCAUCAUCAGCAGCAGCAGCAGCAGCAGCAGCAGGGGCAUUCCUUCUCUCCCCACCGCACCACCACCACCGUCACCACCACCACCACCACCACCACCAUCAGCAGCAGCAGCAGCAGGAGCAGCAGGAGCAGCAGGAGCAGCAGCAGCAGGAGAGCAUGGAGGGGGCCCCCGGGGGGGCCCCUGGCCACUGCCAGUACCAGCUGUGGGUGGGGAACAUCCCCUUUGAGGCGACAGAAGCAGAGCUCAGGCAGGCGCUGUCGGUGGCGGGGAGAGUGCUGGGGGUCAGGGUUAAGUAUGAUGCUGACUCAGGUCAAUCGAAGGGUUUUGGUUUUGUAGACUUUCCUGACGUGGAGAGUUGUUUGCUGCUGCUGCAGCAGCAGCAGCAGCAGCCGAUAGAGCUGCGGGGGAGGAGACUGAAGCUAGACUGGGCAACAGCAGAAAUGAGAGAAAUAUACGGAGCUGCUGCAGCAGCAACUCUCCCUGCUGCUGCUGCUGCUGCUGCUGCUGCUGCAGCAGGUGGGGAUCGACAAGGAUCGAAGCAAGAGCCUCGCAAUGCGAAGGGCCGUCCGCCUGUAUCUGCUGCUGCUGCUGCUGCUGCAGCUGCUGCUGCUGCUGGUGGUGGUGUUCGUGAUGGUGGGGUUGCUGCAGCAGCAGCAGCAAGCCUGCUGGGUUAUGCUGCUGCUGAUCCUUUUGCUGCUGCAGUGAAUAUGGUGCCUUCGUUUGUGUGUGAGUUUAUCCAGUGUCUUUCCACCUCUCAGCUGCUGCUGCUGCUGCAUGCGCUGCAGCAGCUGCAGCAGCAGCAGCCGCUUCGCUGCCGCCGUUUUCUUAUAGAAAAUCCAUCACUUGUUUAUGCUGCUACAUAUGCUAUGUUUCUUUUGGGGCUCAUCAGCAGCAAAGACCUCACUGCAGCAGAAGCAGAUGCCCAGCAGCAGCAGCAGCAGCAGCAGCAGCAGCAGCAGCAGCAGCAGCAGCAGCAGCAGCAGGUCGCUGCUACCUUUGAUGCUCUCAAAAGACUACCAGAGUUCGAGAGGCAGCAGCUGCAGCGCAACAGAGAAGAGAGGCAGCAGCAGCUGAAAGCAGCAAACUUGCUGCUGACGCAGCGGGAACCCAGCAGCAGCAGCAGCAGCAGCAGCAGCAGCAGCAGCAGCAGCAGCAGCAGCAGCGGUAUAGGUGCAGCAGCAGCAGCGAUGGCACCUCCUCAACAGCAGCUACAACAGCAGCAGCAACAGCAGCAGCUGCAGCAGCAACAACAUAUCAUACAGCAGCAGAUGCAGCAACACCACCAACUGCAGCAGCAGCAGCAGCAAGCGCUACAGCACCACCAGAUGCAGCAGCAGCAGCAACUGCAGCAGCAACAACUGCAGCAGCAACAGCUGCAGCAGCAGCAACUGCACCACCAGCAACAGACACAGAUACAGCAGCAGCAGCAGCAACUGCAGCAGCAGCAGCAUCCACUGCAGCAGCAAGCACUGCAGCAGCAGGCCCAAUUACAACAGCAGCAGCAGCUGCAGGUGCAGCAACAGCUGCAGCAGCAGCAGCAACCCCUGCAGCAGCUGCAGCAGCAGCAACCCCUGCAGCAGCUGCAGCAGCAGCAACCCCUGCAGCACCUGCAGCAGCAGCAACCACUGCAGCAGCAGCAGCAGCAGGUGCUGCUGCAGCCCCCCACCCCUGCAGCAGCACACCUCCCUGCUGCCCCGGGUAUGGCUGCGGAUGCGAGUCAAGGAACAGCAGCAGCAGCAGCUGCUGCUGCUGCUGCAGCAGCAGCAGCAGCAGGAGGUCCUGGGGGGUUAGGUGUACAUACACCACAAGGGCACUGGGGGGCCCCCUUGCUGAUGCAGGCACCAGCAGCAGCAGCAGGGGCCCCUGAGGGGCCCCUGCUGUCUUCAUCAGUUCUUCCUGCUGCUCCCCUUGCUGCUGCUGCUGCUGCUCCUGCUGCUGCUGCUGCUGCUGCUGCGCGGGCGCCACCAGCGCAGCAGCUUGGGGGUGUUCUCUCUCCUCGUUCAGCAGCAGCAGCAGCUGCUGCUGCUGCUGCUGCUCCUCCUGCUGCAGCAGCACCAACACCAGCAGCAGCAGCAGCAGGGAUGCCCCCUGAUGCUACAGGUGUGGGGGGGGGCCCCGGGGGGCCCCCCGUGGGUACUGGGGGGCCCCCACGUCAGUGGGUUGCUGCAUCGAAGGCAGCUCCUGCUGCUGCACCUGUGCUGCAGCAGGGGAGAGGGUUUGGGGUGUCUCCUCAGGGGGGCCCCCCGGGCCCCGCAGCUGCAGCAGGGGGGCCCCCUACCCAGCAGCAGCAGCAGCAGCAGCAACAGCAGCAGCAGCAGCAGCAGCAGAGCGCGACGGGUACUGGAGAAGGAGCAGGGGGGCUGAGGGGUAAGCAGCUGGGAUCGAUGCAGCAGCAACAGCAGCAGAGCGCGACGGGUACUGGAGAAGGAGCAGGGGGGCUGAGGGGGGACAGACCGCAGCCGUUUCAUCCUGCUUGGGAUGUCCCUCCAGCUGCUGCAGCUUUAGUGGGGGACCGACCGCAGCCGUUUCAUCCUGCCUGGGAUGUCCCUCCAGCUGCUGCAGCUUUAGUGGACGAAGUAGUGAAGGCCCCAACCAUGUUAAACAAACGAAGUAGUGAAAGCCCCAACAAUGUUAAACAACGUGUUGAACUCCACCCCCAGCCGGAUGGCGGCGUGGACCCCAGAACAAAGGAGACAGGUUUUGUCUCUUCAGUCGAAAACACAGUUGCUGCUGCAGUUGCUGCAGCAGCAGCAGCUGCAGCAGCAGCAGCUGCUGCUGCUGCUAGGUAG